UGGUCCGUCUGUGAAUUCCUUCCCCCCAAAAAUAUUCUCGUCGAACGUCCAAAGAGGAGUCAGAGUAUCUCGACAGGGUUGAUCACGAUUAAUUCGACUCAACGUGUCGGAUUGAAGAAACAGAGUGAUUGUUGUUCAUAAAAUAACGUCAGUUGACAUUUUGCUUGUUGACAGCUGGUACGAGUUCAAAACCGACAGGUUAAUAUCAGGAUGGCGGAGGCGCCAGGUACUUCUAGCGAGACGAUAACGGAGACCGUUCAAGUUGACACACCGCCACCGCCCCAGCAGGAGGGACGUAGCCUGACCAUCAAGCUGAGGAAGAGAAAGACUGACAAGAAGGUGGAGUGGUCCAGUGACACAGUGGACAACGAGCAUCUGGGAAGGAGGUCCUCCAAGUGUUGCUGCGUCUACGAGAAGCCCAAACAGUUUGGGGAGUCCUCCUCUGAAAGUGAGGGAGAUGACGAGGGCUGUGGAAGUGCACACUGCAUUCUGGGACAUGGGAAAGACGGCAGGCAUGGACACAGAGGAGGGGGUGGGGGAACGGUUCCUCCAAGCUCUGGGGGAUCACAUGCCCACUAAUGAUUAGGAAUGGUGCUGAGGGAGGAAUGGAGCAUAGGGAUUAUUCAGUCGAUGACAAUGACACAUUAUACUGCUACACACACGCUCUCAUUUAGUUCAGUCACUGCAGUACUGAGAGGAAAAGGACGAGACAGAUAAAACUGAGGGAGGGAGAGAGCCUAUAUUUCUGCCUGUUUGAUAAGAAAAAGGGGUACAAUCAUUUUCCUUAUUUUUAUAAAUAAUAAUUAUCCUUAUUUAUUGAUUUGUCGUAAUACAUGAUUUUACUUAAUUAUGUGUCAGUAUCUUAGCCUGAGUGCCAGACAGUGUUCCAUCUUGUCAAACAAGGAUUUGGAAAUAUGAAUAUGUAACAUUGUAGAGUGCAUAAAUAGUCUAGUACCCAGGCUACCACUAGGACUGGGUCCCAAAUGACACCCUGUUCCCUAUAUACGGCCCUGGUCAGAAGUAUUCACCCCUCUUGGCAUUUUUCCUAUUUUGUUCCAUUACAACCUGACAUUUUAAAUGUAUUUUUAUUUGGAUUUCAUGUAAUGGACAGACACAAAAUAGUCCCAAUUGAUGAAGUGAAAUGAAAAAAAUUACUUGUUUCAACAACAAAAAAUGUGAAAGUGGUGCAUAUGUAACGAACCCCUUUGCUAUGAAGCCCUUAAAUAAGAUCUUGUGCAACCAAUUACCUUCAGAAGUCACAUAAUUAGUUAAAUAAAGUCCACCUGUGUGCAA